AUGAGUUUGGUGAGUAAGGUAGGUUUUGGUGAUGGCUUGUCCCCUCUCGAGAUUUUGUCAGAGACGGUUUGUAGUAUAUUCAAGGUGCAUCAAGAGAAACAAGAGCAUUCUUCAGAAUCUCCAAAGAAAGGAAGCUCCUUGUACUUCAAUUUCUUGAAUGAUCCGUCUAGCCCUAGCAAUACUACUCCUAAAAAAGGCAACGGGCCAGCGAUGAUCACGAGAAAAGAGGCGAUAUUGGAGAGUCCUAGCAGUCAUGACGAGGAUGAUGAUGGCCGCCAAGUCCUACUCGUUGAUCAUGCAGAAGAAAGGUCAGAACUGACUUUUCAAUUGCAAAUUCCAGAUUUAGUUAAGGAAUGUUUUCCACACCCUAAGAAACGAAGGUCUUCAUCACCUACUAAUAUUAAUAGCAUCAUCCUAUUUGGACAAAAGAUAACAAUGAGCACGAGUGGACGUGCUAGUACUAGUGGUAGUAGUACUGAAUUUGAUCAAAUUAAUCAAGAGCAGGCAAUGACUGUUAAGAAUGCUUCUUUGCAAAGAAGAUAUAUUUUUGAUGAGGAUGAUAAAGAUUGGGUUGCUGCUCCUGAUAAGAAGAAGAAAAGGGUCAAGUUUUCGGUCAAUAUGAAUUCAAGCAAAGGCCAGGGCAAGAACAAAAGCGUACCCGAACCUAUUCAUGAGUUGCCUGAAGAAUUCAAGCAAGUGAUAUUGGGAAAAAUGAAUGGGACAAAGCUCCAAUUAUUGGCACAAAAGAGUUUGUUCGAGGCUGACAUAAAGUCAGGCCAAGGUAGGUUGUUGCUGCCUCGAGAGCAAACCACAUCAAAGAACCCCAAGAAGUUCCUCAAGCGCAAAGAGAAGGCCAUACUUGACAAAUAUAAAAUGCAGGAUUAUGACAAUGUUGAUGAUGAUCUGAAUGACGAUGAUGGUCAGCUUCAUUUGGCGCUUGUGUUGGUUAGGAGAGGUGAUCAUGUCUUCAAGGAAGAUGGCAACAAAGAAAGUAGUGGAGGACGAGAAGUUGUAGGUGGCAGCAUUUGUGGAAGUUGCAGCCCUGAAAAAAUUGGUAGCAGCAGUCCCAAAAACGAGCUUUUCGUAGCUUCAACUAGCUAA